ACCUCUCUCUUAUUCUAUGAGCACUACCAUUCAUAAACCGCAAACUCCCUAGUUUUGACAGCAGGAAACGUGGUGUACUAACCUCAAAUGUAUUUCUAAAACAACAAUUUGAAAAUGACCGUAAUGGCCAAAGUAAUAGAAACCAACGAUUCAGAAGAAAGCGUGGCUAGUAGUGAAGAAUCGGUCGCAUCAGAAACCGACGAUACUCCAGGCACAACAAAUGCAGGCUGGGCGGACUCUAUAGCGAAAAUUUUAAAAACAAAUAAGCCAAAAGGCAAAAAAACUUUAGUUUUAUCAAAAGCCAAGAAAUUAACCGAUGUUAAGAGAAAGAAAACGAAACCGGCUGGCUUUGAAGUGGCCACUGCUGAAGGAGACGUUAAACAAGAAGAACUUGAAGUUGAAGAUGACGAAACUAGCGAACAAGCAAUUAAACGAAAGAAAAAAGAGUUGCCCAGUCUGAGGGUAAAACCAAAAAUUUUGGACAAAGACCGGGAACGAACGUUAUCGAAAAUUGCCACAAAAGGUGUCGUCCAAUUAUUCAACGCUGUCAGAAUGCAACAAAAAGACAUCACUAAAAAGUUAGACGAAGCUGGGCCUUUAGAAGUGCGAAAAGAGAAAGUUCUGAAAAGUAUUGACAAAAGAGCAUUUUUGGAUGUCUUGAUGGGGGAGAAAUCAGAAGUUGUGAAUGAGAACGUUCAGAAAAGUGAAGAAUCAACUUGGAGCGUUUUACGCGAGGAUUUCAUGAUGGGGGCUAAAAUGAAAGACUGGGAUAAAGAACUGGAAGAAGAAAAGGAAACCGAGCAAGCUGAAGCUGAAGUGGAGUCUGAGUGAUUUUUGUAUAAUAAUUGUAAAAAUAAAGUUUUAUAUUGAAAA